CUUGCCUUGCUUGUUCAUUGGACUGUAAUAAUUGCGUUUUCUCGCUGUUUCUUGAUCAAGUCUUGGUUAUGGAAAUGGAUCUCAGCUGCUCUUUCCUCUUCUGAGUUUUGCUUCCUCUCUCUCUCCCCUUUUGUGUGAUCAACGAUUUUCCUCGGGAAUUGUGAAUUUUCUGUUCGAUUCCUUUCUUACAAGGAAAAAGGAGCAGUAGUAAAGGAGGCUCCUUUCUUCAGCCCAUAUACACAUUUUGAGCAGAUCAUAAGAUUGGUGAAGAAAAAGAUAAGAUAUGGGUUAUAUGUGUGAUUUCUGCGGCGAACAGAGGUCAAUGGUGUAUUGCCGGUCUGAUGCUGCGUGUUUGUGCCUGUCCUGUGACCGAAACGUUCACUCGGCCAACGCGUUAUCGAAACGACAUUCUCGUACGCUUGUCUGCGAGAAGUGCAAUUCACAGCCUGCAUCGGUCAGGUGUACGGAAGAGAGGGUCUCCCUCUGUCAGAACUGCGAUUGGUCUGUCCAUGGCGGCGCUUCUAAUCCUUCUUCUGCUCAUCACAAAAGGCAGAACGUCAACUGUUAUUCGGGUUGUCCUUCCAGUGAAGAGUUUGCCUCUAUCUGGUCUUUUGUCUCGGAUCUCUCUUCAGCCGGCCAGUCCGUGUGCGAAGAAGAAAUGGCUCUGAUGAGUAUAACCGACGACGGCCCGAGAGAAAACUCCACUACCCGAGACGCUGAUGCGGACCAGGGAGAUGGAUUGCCCGAAACCAGCUCUGCAGCGCAUCGUAUGGAUCCUCCCCGUUUACCGGCAAGUUCAAGAUUGGCAAAGGGUCUCGGAGCAUGUGAUGACGAUUUCUACGGGGACCUCAUUAUGGAUGAAGUCGACUUGGCCCUCGAGAACUAUGAAGAACUCUUUGGUGUAGCCUUCAACUCCCCGGAAGAUCUCUUUGAAAACGGUGGUCUCCACAAUCUGUUUGAGAAGCGCGACCUACCUUCUGCUGCUCCCGAGGGCUCAUCCGCUGGUUUAGGCAACGGGACGAUGCUGUCGGCCGGAAGCAAUGCCGCAUCUGCAGAUUCUUUCAUGAGUGCUAAAACUGAUUCAAUAAUUUGCUUCACGGAAGAAAACAAUGUCGGGGAUCACCAAGAAUGCGAGGCAUCAUCGUGUGUCCGCCUCUCGGCAGCUCAGGACAUUGUUUCCUCGCAAGCAGCAAGCCGUAGCGACGCGGUUAUGCGUUACAUGGAGAAGAAGAAGUCCCGGAAGUUCGAGAAGCGAGUGAGGUAUGCAUCACGAAAGGCGAGAGCCGAUGUGAGACGACGGGUGAAAGGACGGUUCAUCAAAGCGGGCGAUACUUACGACUACGACCCGCUCUGCCAAACUAGAAGCUACUGAGAUCGAGACAAAAAAAAAGGAACCGGUGAAAGAUCAAGCCAAAGUUCCAAAAUGCUGUGUCUGAAAGUUCUGAGUUUUGAAGCUGCUUCGAAAGAAAGCAACUUCGGCAUUGAAGAGGUCAAGUUUGAUUCUCUAAGCCAUCAUCAUUCAUUAUUACAUGCACCAGUUUUGGCCUUAAAAGCUUCACUACUCUUUCAUCAUCCUCAUCAGAGAGACCAUGCUCUGAUCUCUUUGCAUCAAACUUAUAUUCUUCGUCGGCCGGUCUUUCAGCUGAGAGAAAAGGCUUCCUAUUUGUAAUCUCUAUCAAAAUAAUCUGCAGAUCGAACCAGGGUUCGAUGAAUUUUGUUCUCUCUUAUAGACAUAAGCAGAUGCUUAGGACAAGAAAACAAUGCUUUGUAUAUGUUAUACAAUUUGUAUGUAUAUUCAUAUGACUCUGGGUUUGCACUCA